GAAUGAGGGGCUCUGGCGGCAGGCGCAGAAGCAAGGAGUGUUCCUGCCAGGGCAACCAGAGGAGCUCAAUACAAGGAAACUCGAGUACAGAACAGAUGCUGACCUGGACGGUGGUAACAUGCGCCACAUAGGAUCGAUCUCCAACCCCUGCCUCACCAAGCGGCCGCUGCUGCAGCGGGCCUAUCAGGAGCCACCACCUGUCUCGGGUGCUCCCAUUGGCCAGCACCGGUUCGUCAUGGCGGGUGGCUACCGCAUUUCCCGUAACCAGUUUGCUGCUUUGGGGCACUCGCUGCGAGAACUGAAGGAAGAGGGAGGAAGUGGGGCAAGCAAGUGUUACUGGAUGGCAUUGGACGGGGGCUAUGCAGAGGGCAAAGUGAGGGUGAUUUACCCUGCGGAGCACCACUGGCUGCUGUACGAGACAGCAAUUUACGAGUGUACACUAUUGGUCAACAGCACAGGGAUGACAGGGGGUUCUGCGAUCCUCAUGCUAGACGAGCAGGCGGUGCUGAUGCACCAGGAAGGGCCGGAUGAGUUUGCCAUCGACGCCCCUCCGCCCUACCACCUCGCCUUCUGCUCGUACCCCAUGUACCACGAUCUCAACCCGAAGACCAUCCAGGAGUGGUUACAGGUAGCCAUGCAUUACUUGAGAGUGGAGUACUUUGUGCUCAACGAUGGCGCAUCUGUUGUGGAAGACGUUUAUGAGGUGUUGGAGCCAUACGUGGCAGCGGGGAUAAUGGAGAUACUAGACAUGAGGGGCGGGUACAAGUUCGAGUCCAAGCAGAACGUUCUUAUACUGAAUAACUGCCUCUAUCGAAUGAAAUAUGUCUCCGAGUAAGCCAACCUCCACUGCAUCUAUCGAACGUUCCACGUAAGCCCACCUCUCCUACUUUGCCUCAUCUAUCGUUUGCAUGUGAACCCCCACCCCAUCCCUAAACCCCUCCACAUGCAGCCCCCCCAAGUCCUCUUCCUACAGUGUUGAGUCGGCUCAAAAGCCGUGUCGAGCCGACUCAUUAGCGGUGUCGCCAUGUCGAGUCGAUUCAAAAGCUGUGUUGAGUGGACUCGACUCAAACCCCUCCGCGUGCAGCCUCUCCGAACCCUCUUCCUGCCUCACUCUCUCGACCAUUCACUCACACGCACUUCCUUUCAUCAACUCUUUGCCAGCUUUGACGAAUUUCUCUACAUCCAGCCGCCCCAAACCCUCUCCCUUUCCCUCACUCACUCACUCACUCACACGCUCGUGCUCCUUCGCUUCAAACUCCCUCUCCCACGCCAGGUGGCUGCUGUCUGCCGACUUCGACGAUUUUCUUCACAUCCGGCUGCCGCAAACCCUCUCCCUUUCCCUCACACCGUCACUCACUCUCUCACACGCUCGCUCUCCCUCUUUCUCCACCAGGUGGCUGCUGUUUGCCGACUUCGACGGUUUCUUUACAUCCAGCCGCCCCAAACCCUUCGAGGGCUUUUGGGCGAGCACCCCGAUGCGCCCUAUUUCACCUUCGGCAGCCUGUGGUGGUCAAUCGAGCACUGCCGCCCCCAGCCUCCAUCGGAGCACUUCUAUCUCGAGCGGUUGCCCUUCCACUGGCCACACAUCUACUGCAUAGGGCCCAAGGAUGCGGGGCACGAGGAGGCUAGAUGCAUUAAUUACUUCGGGCACCGGAAAGUAAUCGCCAAUACACAGCUCGUCAAGGCCAUGCAGGUGCAUCGAACAAUAGAGCCAGUGGAUAAUGGUGUAGACCUGAAUGCAUCAACUGGCCAUCUACUGAACCACUUUCAGGGGCUACUUCGAGGCGAUAUAAAGAUGUGUGAUAAGGUGUUCCCUUCUAAUAGCAGCCCGGAGUGGUAUAUAGAAGACUGGCAUUUGGCCGAGAUGUCCAAGCAAGCUAGACUUGUUGGACCUCCUAGAACAAUUUUAUAUUGAAGAUGUUCCCAAUUUCGAAAUCAAGAAACUCGGACUUGUACACGGAGUGUACACGUACCUUGGCGAAUACUUA